AUGGGCCCAGGGCCCGACUCCGGUAGCAGUGCUCCCUCUUCUGUUCCCCAGUCACUGGCUACCUCGAGGGACGACGAAGACGAAGAGGAUGAGGAAAGCAGUGGCAGACGGUCCAAUGGCCACACAGGAACGCGAACGAAAAGCAAUCAACGUUGGAUGAAACUACGUACCACAGUGCAGCUGUCCUCUGCGAUAUCGACAAUCCAGAAGAAACCGCCGUUGAAACGCGAGGACUCGUUCUUGAAGCGGUUCUCCACUCGACAGAUCCCGGAGAGCCAGGAGACAUUGGACACAGGGGAGGGCGAAGGGGACGCGGGGGACGACAAAGACUCUAGUGGACGACGUCGAAGACGACCAAGGAGGCCGCAGAGGCCGCCAAAAACCGUGGUCAAUCCGGACGAGAACUUCUAUUACUACUGGCUGAUGCUUUUGUCCGGGUGUGUCCUUUACAAUCUCUGGACUCUGAUCGUGCGGCAAAGCUUGCCAGAGCUGCAGGCGCUGGCGCCAGCAGGUUGGCUCACGUGUGACGGUUUCACGGAUUUGGUCUUCUUUCUGGACGUGGCGGUGCAAUUCCGUACUGGAUACCUCGAGCAAGGCCUGAUGGUUUAUAACAGCAAGAAACUGGCCGGUCAUUAUCUGAAAUCGAAAUCCUUCAUCUUGGAUCUGCUAGCGUUACUACCGCUCGAUUUGCUACAAGUGAACCUCGGUAGCAAUCCGAUGCUAAGGUUCCCAAGGUUUCUGAAGAUCUACCGUGUCUAUAACUAUUAUUACAUGGUGGAAUCGCGGACAGUCUAUCCGAAUUUGUGGCGUGUCCUGAAUCUCAUACAUAUAUUGCUGAUACUGGCGCAUUGGUUCGGCUGCUUUUACUACUUGCUCAGCGAGGCGGAAGGAUUCCAAGGGGACUGGGUCUACCCGUACAGGCCCGGCGAGUACGCGACACUGACAAGGAAAUACCUUGGCUCGCUGUACUGGUCCACCCUCACCCUGACGACCAUCGGUGACCUACCCACGCCGGAAACCAACGCCGAAUACGUCUUCACGAUAGUCAGCUACCUGAUCGGAGUCUUCAUAUUCGCUACGAUCGUCGGACAGGUCGGGAACGUGAUCACCAAUCGGAACGCGAAUCGACUGGAGUUCGAGAGGCUUCUAGAUGGCGCCAAGACCUAUAUGAGACACCAUAAGGUCCCAGGGGGAAUGAAGAGAAGGGUUCUCAGGUGGUACGACUACAGCUGGUCUCGCGGGAGGAUACAGGGCGGAGGUGAUAUCAACACGGCACUGGGCCUGCUUCCGGAUAAGCUGAAGACCGAACUGGCGCUUCACGUGAAUCUGUCGGUACUGAAGAAGGUCACUAUCUUCCAAGAAUGUCAACCCGAGUUUCUACAUGACCUCGUCUUAAAAAUGAAGGCUUAUAUAUUCACACCUGGCGAUUCAAUAUGUCGGAAGGGCGAAGUAGCCAGGGAAAUGUUUAUAAUAGCGGAUGGAAUCUUGGAGGUGAUCAGCGAAACGGGCAGAGUUCUGACUACUAUGAAAGCUGGCGACUUCUUCGGGGAGAUUGGUAUACUCAAUUUGGACGGAUUAAAUAAACGCACAGCCGACGUUCGGUCGGUCGGUUACUCCGAGCUGUUCAGCCUAUCCCGGGAAGACGUGCUUGCAGCAAUGAAGGAUUACCCAGAAGCACAAGAGAUAUUACAGAAUCUCGGCAGAAAACGGCUGAUGGAGGCGCAAAAGGUCGCGAGAGCGUCGCGACAUCCCACCUCGCCGGGUCACGAUUCUUCGGACAACAGCACCGGUAAGAGAAUCGUCGACAAGCUGAAGAGCGACGUGAAGGGUCUGAAAAAUGUCUUGAGGAAAAGCAGACGAAACGCUAGACCGGAGGAGAGCCUCGAGCUGCAGCCGUUGGCGCCGAAAGCGCCGACACUUAAGAGACAACAAAAGAUCGACGACUGUCAAGAGGCGUCCGCUUCGAACGUCCAGGAACCACCUGUGUCGCCACUCGGGGCUGGUCUGCCGUUGCUCGCGAGGUUGAGAUUGCUCAAGGAGAAAGAGGAACGCGAAGAACGACGGACCUUGAUGGAGACUCAGGUGCAAUCGCCGGAACAGCAACAGCUACCGCCCGCCGACGUUCAGAAUCCGACCAAUCCAAAUUUACCGUUUCUCCAGCGAAUAUUAUUGUUAAAAGCGAAAAACGAACAAGAGGCACAGGCUGAUAAAGAAGCGCCCACGAAAGAGCCAUUACUACCAAAGAACGCUAUCCCAGAAGAGAAACGGGAACAGUCCCCUAUGCCAUCUUCGAAGCAACCGCAAAAACAAUUGUCGACGCAGUGCUCCGUUGAUCAGACGACGAAACCACCGGUAACCCCAAGCACGGAGAACGUAUCGAGCGCGAAGAAACCAUGGGCGAUGCUUAAAGAUGCAUCGUUAACGAAUAAAGAGAUCUCGCCGCAGAGAAGCCCGCAGAUAAGCAGAUUACAGCUAAAGCACACCCUCGUGCAUCUCAGACAACAGACCAAGAUGUACGCGUCGGUUGACGAUUUAUCGCCGGAAUAUUGUGGUUUACCGUUCGUCAAGAAGCUCAAGAUAUUGAACGAGAGACAAAAGUUAGCGGAACUGGAGAAAGCGGUGCGGAGUUCCAGCCUCGAUUGUGGCGAGAAUAUCGAGCUUGAGUUUGACGGCAGCUUAACGAGAAGUCACUCGGAGGCCUGCGCUAUCGAGUACACGAGGAAGCUAGCGAAACUGAAUCAGAGUCGACGGAUGUUAUCGUCGCCGACGGAUCCGCUCUCGCCAGAAAACGAAACGUUGGAGAGGCGAAAUUUGAAGAGCAUUUUAAAGAAGCUUUCGGCUGGUAGCAGGACAGGUAGUUCAGACACCUCGGCAACGAGCACACCGGAUCGCGAGGCGGCUACUGCCGAAUUUAGAAAAUUAAUGAGAGCCCCGACCAUCGAGGGCUACGCAGCGCGGCAUUCGAAACUCUCGAAAAGUGUAACAUUUAACAAGUACACGCUGCAAAGUCCACCGUCCGAGCAGAUUCCGGGAAAUUAUCCGCUUGGGACUCAGUUGCCCGAUACCCAAGAGCAGGCCUCACUGCCACCGCCCAAUAAAAUCAGUUUCCGUCCUUUGGGCAGCGGGGGUAACCUGCAAAUGGUAUGUCGGCCACGAGAAGAGGAAUACGUGGGGGAGCUGGUGACUGGUAUCAGAGAAGUCAUUAAGGGUCGUCUGGAGGACAUUCAGACGAAAUUCGAGCGGCAGUUCACGUCAUUGGAGCUAGAAAUUCGCAAACGAGACGAGAUAAUAUCUCAGCUCCAGGCGAGAAUACAAGAGCUAGAACAAACCGAAUCGCGAAACACGGAAGACUCCCUGGGGGACAGCACCGAGCACGACGCCUCCCUGGAAGAGGAUUUGGACGACGACCGUGAGGAUCAUCCUUUCAUGAGGGAUGGCUCGGUAGACACGGUUCUUACCGCUCGUUCCCAUUACACGCGUUCCUCCCCGUCCAUGGAGUCCACCUCACAGAACAGAAGGUCCUGGGAGGAGCAUUCCGAGGAGGAGACUCUGGAGCUUCAGGAGCUGCCUACUUCGAUCGUUCCGCAGACAUUGUGGAAGGACGACGUGGCGAUCGACUUGGAGUCGAACAGCGAUAGCAGUAGAUCUGAGGACGAGUUUGACGACAGGGCCGCGGGAAGAAGCGAUAGCGGGAACGACGAGGACGACGAGGACGAGGAAUCACAUCGGGAGGGGCACAAUAAUUGGGAGGUGGCGAUGCUCGCUGAGGAGCUCGAGGCAAGGCGAAGGAGUAGCGAAAACACAAGCCCGGGUUCCUAG